AUGGCAAGACCAGACCACCAACAUGGUCUUUUAAAAUGGUACAAUAUUAAGGCCGGGUACGGAUUCAUCACGCUCCAACAGUCUGGGAAGGAUGUCUUCGUUCACGCCACAGGCCUCACAAGGUCCCUUAAGGAGAAUCCACCAAGAGAAGGGGACCGUGUCAUUCUUAAUCUCCGUCAAAGCGACAAAGGACUCGACGCCAGUGAUGUGGCUUGGAGCAAACCCCCUACCCGCCUACCGAUGGAAAAGCCGCCGUCAUCACGCAAAGCUGGAGAGGAGGAGGACGUCCCAGCAAAAAUUUGCGCGUGCAUAUACGCAGCAAAAGCCAUUGCAGGGUCAAAUCUUCGCCGCCUACCAGAGCUCAUACCGAUCCUCCUGCAGCACAAUGGGCUCCCUGUGAUCUCCAUACCUCUGAGCGUCUUUUCCGCCCCAACUCGCUCCAAGAUGAGGCCCACACGCCGUCCCGUCCCCAGAGACCACCGUAGAGAGGCGCAAGAUGAAGAUGACGAUGUCCGAUCUACCAACACUCCUCGCCCCGCAGCAACCACGAGGGAAGACGAGCCACCUCCCGCCGCUGUCUACAGGAUAGUUGAACCCCCCGAAGCAAACGCACGGAAAGUCAAGCCACCUCCCGCCACAGCCAACAAAAUAGUCCGCGCAGCAACCACGCGAAAAGUCAAGCCACCUCCCCGCCGCAGUCUGCAGGAUAGUACAGCCAUAUACAUCAGCCCAAGAGAAACCUCAAGGAUUAUCCCAAGCUCAAAGGCGCUCACUCGUGGCGGUGUGGGAUAA